AUGGUAUCUAUGAAAAAAAAAAUUAAGUAUUUAUCAAAGGAAAAUAUUAAAGAGAUAGAUGAUCAUAUGUUUAAAGUACCUAGUGAAACUGGUGAUAGUAUGUACGAAGUUUACACAGAUUUAGGCUGUUGCACUUGUGAAUAUGGGCGUUUAGGCAAAUUUUGCAAACACCAAGCAGCAAUAUAUUUUUAUUUUGGUAAAGAGCUACCUAAUGCACCACAUGUUACGGCACAUUGCAGGCAUGCAAUGGCUGCUUUAGCAUUUGGAAAUAAAGUACAACCUUUAUCAUUCUAUACUUCCUUAAAUGAAAUAACACAGACAUCAGAAGAGAAUAGUUCAAUUGAUACAAACACUGAACAAGAAGGUACUAAGACAAAUGACAAUGAAAAUAGUAUAAAUGAGUAUAAAAAACAUGAAGUAAACAGUGAAAUAAGUGAUAAUGUUGUAUCUACACAUAUACCUUUAGACGAUAGUUCUGAAUUGAAUGGAGAAGAAGAAUUUAAGAAGGUCAUUAACUUGAUGACAGAGAACCAUUCUAAAUAUGGAUCCUCAACAGCAUCAACACAAAUGUUUUUAAAAAAGUUAAAAAAUGUAAAAACAAGAAAUUCAUGGGAAACAUUUUUAGCCACUUGUGGAAAACAAAUUUCUUUUCGCCUUGGAGCUAAAUCGAAAAUACAUGUUCAACCUACUUCAAUUAGUCGGAGAAGACCAGAAGUAACAAGAGGAUGCAAACGAUUAGCUGUUGGUCGACCACCAUCUGAUGAAAAAAUAAAAAAAAGUAAAAGAAAAAGAAACUUACAGCAUAACAUUGGAAAAAACCAACCAAAUGCUAAAUCACAUUAG